AUGGCCUCUUCAGAAGCGUCAUCGAAUCAAGAACACGUCUUUCAACAAGACCAACAAGAACAACAAGCAGGCGAUCACGAAUCACAAGAAUUGUUCGAAGGCGAAAUUAUACUUGAAAUGGAACAAGUGAUCAGUGAAGAGGACUUAUUACGUGGAAUAGAACAUCAGCAACAACAGUCGUCACAUAUGAUAACGAACAGUAGCGACAAUAAUAACAACAGUGAACAUAUCGAGCAGAUAAUCGUCGAGCAGAAUCAGCGUAUUGAAGAAAUGAAUGAUGAGGACAGUCAACAAGACAUCAUUCAUUACGAACAACAGCAACAAAUUGAACAGCAACCCAUUGAUCAAUUACCGAUUGCAACUCAUUUUGAAGAAACACAUUCCACAAAUGUCGUUGAGGAGGUCGUGGAAGAAACUGUGGAAGAGACAUUCCAACCGAGACGUCCAGUUACAAGACGAUCAGUAAUGGAACAACAACAACAACAACAACGAAGUCUAUCCUCUGAAUCAUUACCAUCCAACCAAACGUAUGCAUCAAGAGUGAAUGCAGCCUCAAAACCGUCUGAAAGAUCUUCCGCUCCAGUACCGCCAUCGAACAAAGUGGUUGUUCUAAUGAAAUCGAACACGAGCGAUGGUAAAACGACGUUUGUGAAGUUGGAACCAGUGCAGCAGUCAGCAACACCUCGCGUUCGUUCUGAGUUUGUGCGUGCCUUGAAUACGGCACGUAAGAACACGAGCACUAGCAGCUCAUCCUCCCAGCAGCAACAACAACCCAGAAGAAAACGACGUAUGAUACCGCCAAUUGUGAAAAAAGAUCAGGAUGACCCGAAGUCAUCAUCUAAACGUGGUCGUCCUCGCAAGAGCGCCGUCGACACCUUGCAUUCAGGUUUAAAGAAACCAAAAGUAGAAUCUCCGCCUGAGGAAGGUGAGAGUGAAGAACAAACGGCGAAAACAACAUCAGGUCGUCCUAAACGAGCGCAUAAAGCACCGAAGCGUUUCGGUGACUUUUACGAAGAACACGUAGCGCCCCGUGAUCCAGCCUCAAUUCCAAUGACUGGACUCGAACCUGAGGCUGCUGAAGAGGACGAAGAUGAACAUGAACAAACUGAGCAACCCGAAGAGAAUACGUCAUCGACUUCGAAACAGAUAGCUCCAUCGUCACCGACGAAUCUUAAAGAUAAGAAGAGUGUAACGGCACGCGUGGUGGGUGGUGAUAACUGUGAAGAUGAAGAUUUUAUUGAAGAGGAGGAUGAGGAGGAAGACGAGACUACUUCAACCGAAAAAGCUCAAACAGAUCAACCACCACAAAAUAAUACUGCUGAUGAGGACGAGGGAGAAGAGGCAUCAGCAGCUGUCGUUAAAUUGCAAGGUAAAGAAUAUGAGGAAUAUGUGGCACGCGAAUUGGCAAAAGGAAAGUUGUUAUGUGAACAGUGUCAUCGAUUCUUCGCCAAUCAAAACAGUAUGAAUGCACAUCGUUUCAAAGUUCAUCAUAUUGUUAUUCGAGCAUCAGUGAAGUGUCCAGGAUGUGAUCACAGGGCCACAACAAUUCACACGUUGAAUGAACAUUGUGCUUCUUUCCAUGGUUUGAAACUGCAGUUCGUACGACGUAAAUUCAAAAGUACCAACGAAUUCCAGACCUAUCUGGACAAUUUAGCAAGCACUCAAAAUAUGGCAUUCGUAAGGCAUCGAAAAUCGUUGAAUAAACGGCAGUUAUAUUGCAAUCGAUCCGGUGCUAAAAGAGUGACAAAUGAAGAUACAAUCCGAAAUCGGCCUCGAAAAGGUUCAGCCAAGAUCGGUGCCAUGUGCCCAGCACAUAUGUUCUACACAGAAUGUGAAGAUGGAUCGGUUGAAGUGAAUGGACAAAUCACACACUUUGGUCAUACAUUAGAUCCUCGUUUCGUAUUCCCGGUAACGAGUAGUGAGAAGGUGACUGGUCGAAUGAAACCAUCCACUGCUAAGACAAUGAAAUACCGUGUGAAAAUGCAUCUCACAGAAAGCUUUCAUUUCAGCGCUGCACUGAACUCAAUGUACGGACGUAUUCCAGUGGAUCUAGAAGUUAAACCAAAGAAAACACGCGACGAUGACGGAUUCAUAAACGUUGAAGACGAUAAACGUGAGGAGGAUGAAGAAGAUGAAAUGCGGCGUAUGGAAGAGGAGGAAAGACUCGAGAUUGAAUUUGGUCCGUUACAUCCGAAAGCCGAAGAAAUCGAUAUUCGUAUGAAGAAUAUCGAUCGCCUUUGCUCAUUUUUAUUCGAAAAUGUCUCUGAACAAUUGUACAGACUUGACGAUAACACAAUGGAAGUGUUGCUGAGAGCGCUGCGUACAACACAAAAUACAGUCUCGAAUCUGAACAGUAUGAUGAUUCAAAUAAAAGAAGGUGAUCCAGAUGUAAUACAGAAAUACCAACGUCGUGGUACGAGGGGCGGUUGGAAUAGCCUUUCGGCUAAUAAGUUAGCAAAUCGCCGUCGUCAACGACAGCUGUACGAUACGGAGGAUUAUGAUGAGGAUACCGUCUACUAUCGACACGUUCCAUUGCGCACAAAUACAGAUUUACAAAAUAUUUAUUUGUUGGACGAUGAAGAUGAAGAGUAUUAUGAAGAUUAUUGA